AUGUUUUCAAAUUAGAGUAAAAACACAAUUGUUCAUUUGAUUAAAGAUGUUGUUAAAGGAGAAAAAGAAUUAGAAAACUUAAAGCAAAGUCUAAUUCUUUAAAUCACAGAUAACAAUGUAAGUUAUUAAACUUGCUUUUUACAUGUUAUGAAAAUUGUAAUAAUUAAUAGCUUGCUUAUGAGAAAGAUAGAAUAACAAGAAAUGAUUUAGAAAUAUUUCUAUAAAGUUAGUAAAUACGUUUUGAUUAAAGAGAAAUAUCAAUGUUUAAAUAUACAACAUAUUAAGAGUAUAAUAAAAUAUUAAUCCUUUAGUUUUUUAGACUUAAUGCUUCCUAAUAAUCAGAUAUUUUUAAAGCAAUACCAAUAAAAACAAAUGAAUUAUAAUAAUCCAAAUUCUGAUAUACUGAAUAUAAUAGGUAAAGUUUUAGGUAAGAAUAUUGAGAUAAUUCGAAAAAUAUAAGCUUAUUUAGAUGCAUUGAUAUUAAGAUUUGAUAAAAGCACAUUAUUAAAUUAUUUAUGUCCAAAAUCAGAUAAAAAUAUACCAAUAUUCUUAUAGUUAUUAAAAAACCUUGAUUUAGAUAUAAGUUUUGAAGAUAUUAUUUGUGCAAUGAGAAGAUUAGAUAAAGAUUAAGAUUCAGAUGUAAAUAGAUUUGAUUGGGAAGAAUUCUUUAAAUGUUUAAAACCUCCAAAAAGUAAUUAAACUUCAAUAGGAAAUUUAUAAAAAUAGAUUAAUAAAUAAUAAAGUUCAAAAUCAAUUAAUAGAAGUGAAUCUAGAUAAAAAACAGAUUAAGAAAACAUUAAUUCUAAUAGAAAUGUUCAUUUUUCAACUAUGAAAUCAUCAACUAAAUCUUUAAAAAAAUCAUCUAGUAUUAUGGAAGAAUCAAUUUUGGAAUUUUAAUUGCAUUUAUUAACAAUAGGAAAACUAUAUGAAGAAUUAGAUUAGAUAAAAUUAGAAGUAUAUAAAUAUUUAUAUUAAGCUUUCAAGUAGAGGUGAUUAUUCAAUUUCUUAAGUAUUUUAAUUUUUUGAUCUUGAUGUUGAUGGUUCAAUAGGAUUAUAAGAUUUAAAACUUGUAUUUUUAUAGUUAGGAAUAGAUGUUAAUGAUUUUAUAAUUAGAUAACUAAUCCAUAAUUAUUCAAGUCAUCAUUCUUAAACUUAAUGGAAGUAAGAAAUAAGAUAUUUUAUUAGUCUCAUUGAUUUUAAAUGUUUGUUCCCAGAAACCAAGUAAAAUUUAAAUAAUUACAUUGGUGCAUUUAGUUAUGAAACUAAGAAAAUCAUAAAAAUAUUGAUAUAGAAAUAUUUAGAAUUAAUUAGAUAUAAAAAAGAAUCAACUCAUCAAUUAGGAUAGGAUAUGAAGAAUAUAGAUAUAAUAUUCAAUUUUAUAGAUUUGGAUUAAGAUGGAAUAAUUACUUAAGAUGACUUUAAAGUGUUAGAUAUUAAAGGAAAACACAUUUUAUUGUUCUUUUAAUAAUUUUAAGAUUAUCCUUACUAAAUAACUUAUAAUUAAUUUUAGAAAUAUUUUAUUUGA